AUGGCACUCCCGACUCCGCCCCUUACUCCACGUACGUUUCCGUUCUCGAGCGGGAACGUGCGGACGACGUCGUCGCCGCGCUGGAACAGGCGGCACGCACACGCGCACACGCCCUCGAUCUCCUCCCCUCUCGCCGGGCCUAUAGAGGAUGAGCUCGAGCUGCCGCCGCCGAUGCCGCUGGACUCUGUCCCCGAACUCGACAUGCCCGAGCCGUCACUCGCCACUGAGAACAACAACGCAGACGCCGAGGAGAACGAGAAGUACAGGUGGCGUCCGGGCAUGACCCGCGAGGAGAAGGACGCGCGCGAGUCGUGGAUCGCGGACGCACGGGGGCGCAGCGGCCUGCGGAUCGUGAUUGUGACUGAGAACUUUCUGCCCAAGGUCGACGGUGUCACUCGCACGCUCGCCCGUCUCCUCGAACACCUCAAGAAGGAGGGCCACCAGUGCAUGCUCCUGGGUCCUGGUUCCGGUAUGAGCCACUACGCCUCCCACCCCCUGGUGGGGACAGCGGGCAUCCCGCUCGUCGUGUAUCCCGGGCUGAAGCUCAACUUCCUGCGUCCCGCCUUCCUAACGGCGAUCAAGGACUUUGAGCCGGACGUCGUGCAUUUCGUCGAUCCCAUCUGGCUCGGCGCGCAGACCCUCGUCGCCAUGGAGCUCGGCUGGGCCGGUGCAGAGUGGGUCCCGGAGCGGGGACCUGCCGUCGGCACGGGCUUGGCUGGAGCCGUCGUCGCAAGCUACCACACGUAA